AUGGUAUUGGAUGCUAAUCAAUACUCUACUGUUGAUAGUGGGAUAGAAAGCACCGAUGCGAGUUCUACUAGCGAAUCAGAUCUGGAAUACACCCACGACAAGCUAGGGAGCUUAAGAGGGGGAGAGGUCAGAAGGCUUGAUUUUGUAGAUCCUAAUGAUAACUCGGACGAAGAACUCUCCGUGUAUGGCGAACGGGAAGAAGAGAGUGUGGAUGAUGUUGAAGAGGUAGGGAGCAGUGUCGGUAGCAGCGAUUUGGCUGCUUCCAGCGAACCUCCCCCUGAGGACAUCGAUGGUUCCAAAAUCGACAAGCAGAACACAUCUAUUUUCACGUUCAACCUGCCAUUCGGAGGUAAGUCGUUACUUCCAACAUCUCCCCUUACCAGCUUGCGCAGAACGUUCCUUCCAACCUCUUCUGAUGAUAAGACGCGGAUCAAGACGAAGCGAAGGAUUAAAUUGAAAUUACAGCGGCAAGAAACAAUAACAUCGGUGGAAGAACUAGAGCUUUUUCAAAACCAAAAGGGAAUUGACAACGUGCGCGCCAGAGCUGUAAAGCGAGCAUUACACCCCGGCUCUCUACUUCAAACCAUUCGUUCUUUUUCAGCGGAUCAGGAAACAACCACUCUUGACGGGUAUCAAUUGCAACGUCUUGAGUCUAUAUGGGAUGAGCUCGAAGGAAAUGUGGUGAUUUUAGGCGGUUACCGGGGCAGUAUCCUGCGUGAUUCACACACGAAGCGAAGGGUGUGGUUGCCAAUUAGGGCCGGCUUCAAUAUUCGCAAAGUGGAUUUACUGAUUGGCCCUGACCAGGACUCGGAAAAUGUUGCUCAGUCUAAAAUAUUUUCUGAUAGAAUGCUUACACAUUUCGGACCCGUUGAUGUUUGCAAAAAGCUAAUCAAGAGAUUGGACAGCAACCCCAACGUAACCAUUGAGGAGUUUGGGUACGAUUGGAGGCUCUCACUCCACAUACCAGCAGAACAGCUGGCUGCUAAACUACAGGAUAUUUAUGAUAAGCAAAAAGUGAAAAAGGGCACAUUUAUAAUUGCACAUUCGAUGGGUGGAUUGGUAGCCCACAAAGUACUUCAAGACCACACAAACCUCGUGAGAGGUAUAAUAUACGUCGGUUCGCCCAGCCAAUGUCCAAACAUCUUAGGGCCCUUACGGUUGGGUGACGAAGUUAUUUUCAACAAAACCAUUCUGAGUGCCGAAACUACUUUUUUCAUGAGAAGUAGCUUUUACUUUCUACCCUUCGAUGGGAGAUGCUUUGCAAAUAGCACCUCACUUGAGCGUUACGAUCUCGAUUUUUUCGACCCACAGGUAUGGAGUGAAUAUGGACUGUCACCUUUGGUUAGCAAAAAACGACUCAAUACAGAUAACGACGAAAUCAAGGUCACUUCACCAAAUAGAGAUAAAUUUAGUUUGAUCCCACAUGUGGAUAUGAUGAGAACUUCGAGUACCAACAAUACGGAGGUGAUGGACUUUGUUACCCCUUUGGAAAAAUGCGAAGAGUAUCUUGCAAGAACGCUCAAACAAACACGAGAAUAUUUGGAAAGCCUGAAAUAUGAUCCGGCUAAAAAUUACCCACCAUUGGCAAUCGUCUAUGGGAAUCGGAUCCCUACAGUUCGAGGCGCGAAAGUCGCAAAUAAGGACCAAAUCAAGCACGGUGAAUACAAUGAAUUCUAUUACGGUCCCGGUGACGGAGUUGUACACCACAAAUGGCUACUGCCGGAAACUCGCGGAUUUCCAGUAGUGGCCAAAAUAGCCUCGGAAUGUGCUCAUGUCAGUUUGAUGACCGAUUUUGACGCCAUGGCCAAAGCCUUCAUAUCUCUAGUUGACAACGAGUGA